UAAGAAAAUUACAUAUGUCAAAUACGACCGUAACAACCUGGUAACAACAUAACCUCACUGUGUCUCCAAAAUUUUGAAUAAUUAAAUUUACUAUACCAAACCUUGUCUACAACCAAACAAUAUGUUUUUAACAUUAAGAUUACUAUCCAAUAGACACCCUUCUUUCAUAGCUCGUACAGUAUUUGUGAAGAACGACGAUGUAGAUGGUGCUUGUAGAUUAGUGAACAGAAUUCUCGGAAAAGAAGGAAUCUUGGAGCAGUAUAGACUUACCAGAUAUUACGAAAAACCUUUUCAAACCAGAAGGCGUAUAAACCAUGAGCGCUGCAAAGCUAUCUACAAUGAGGACAUGGAACGGAAGAUACAAUUUGUGUUAAGAAAGAACCGUCAUGAACCUUUCCCAGGCUGUUAUUAAGUAAAUACACGCACGCUCCGAGUGGCGGUUUUCCGUCUGAGGAAUCCGAUAAGAGCGCGUGCGCAGGGAAUGGUGUUACAGCUGACAUGUAUGAGGAUUGGUCCAUACCUGAUAAACAUAACCAAAAUUAUGAACUAGUGAUAGUAAAUUUUAUUUGUUGAUAA